AUGAAAUCACUUCUCUUCGUCGCUAUCGUCGCUAUUGGCGCCUCAAGCGCUGAUGGAUGGAAUGGGGCCGAAACUAAGAACGACGGUAGCCCUCCGGAAUUUUUGCCAUGCCUGUGGCCACCCGGUCGUGACCAGAACUCGUCGUUAGACACAGGCCGUUUGGCACUCUGGCCGUUUCAUCACAAAAUGCCCGCGUUCCUAAAGCAUGUAAGUUUUCUGUCUCGCUGGGAGUACUAUGCCAUUAUUCGAAAUCCAUUCACGACUAUGAAUGAAAAGUUAAGGAAGGUCAACAAAUGGGCAAAGAAACAAGGUCCCGAAGUGGAGAAAGGAGCUGAAGAAUACUUCACCAACAUCAAAAGAUAUUGGAAAGAUGUCAACAAGAACACAACGAAAAUACUCGAAGAGCUGCCAAAGGUCUACCCAAAGGUCUACGAAAUAUUGUCCAAUUUGGACCUCACCUAUGGAGACAUGUAUAACAAGGUUCGCGAUCUGAAGCUCGACAUGACCACCACAGUAUCUUUGUACGCAGUUGUGUUGGCUGUUACUCACACUAGUGGGGCGCAAAAUCCUUAUCUUACGGACACUGCGAUGUUCUUUGAAGGAGCUGCCGCUCCCAAGAUGGAAAAUCUCUUUUACCACAUCGACAAUUGA